AUGGACGCGUCCAAACCUCGCCAAGCCUGUGUCGGCUGCCGGCGGAUCAAGGUCGCAUGCGACAACCCGCAGACUGGCGACGCAUGCAAGCGAUGCGUCCGCCUCGCCCUCGCCUGUGUGUACACCAAGAGUCAGCGCGGCCGGCGCAAUGACCGGCUGAACGCCCGCCGCUCCGCCUCCCCCGGCCGAUCUAGCCCAGCGACAGCGGCGACACCGAGCACCCGCUCGUGGGCGCUCGACGCCGCGCGCCCGCGCACGAGCAACCUUGACAUGGCGGAGCUGCUUGAUCCUGAGAUCCCGUCGGCGUCCGCACCAGCCUCGGCACCGGGACCGGUGCGCGCGCGUGCGCCGUCCGUUGACGCCGAGACGCGCAGGAUGUUUGAAGAUCCCGUCGACGUUGGCUAUGUCACGCUCGCUGAGGCGCACUCGCUCGUCAAGUUCUUCCACGACAAGCUGAACCCGCUGAUCGCGAUCCUUGAUCCAGAACUGCACACUCUCACCUUCCUCCGCACCUCUUCGAUCCUGUUCACGACCCUCCUCGUCACCGCUAGCAAGUAUGUGCUUCCGGAGCGACACUCUGUGCUGCUUGCGCACGCAGAGAGCCUGAUAAACCGCGCGACCAACGCAGGCGACUGCAGCACGGCGCUCAUCCAGUCCCUCCUCAUCCUGGUGUACUACAAAGGCCCGACGGACCGUAGUGCGUGGCUGAAGAUCGGCAUCGCGAUCCGCCUCGCAUUUCAGCUCCGGUGGCACGAGACGCCCCCCACUCUCCACCUGCCGGCGGACGAGGCGGCUGCACGCCGCAUCCUCGACCCAGAACGCACGUGGUUUUGCCUCGUCUGCUUUGACCGGCAGUACGCGGACAUCUUCGGGCUGCCCCCCGCGAUCCGCGCGACAGACUACGGCGACGUACGUCACCCGCUGUGUGAGCUAACGCAGGAAGUGCGAGGCGUGGGCACGCGCGCACGCGCACCUCGACAUCCCCGUCGACAUCCAUCUCGCGUGUAG